GGAGUCGAACCUGACCGGUUGGUAGGUUUAGCUCCGGGUUCUGGUCGACGCUCUUCGAUCGACAGUCGCACACAGGAAGUCAAUAUACCCAGGUGAACAUUUUCAAACAUCAUGUAAACUCGUUACCUAUUUUUUAUACCUGCGCUGCACUGUACCAGACUUAAAAUGAAAUCCACCGAGUCGGCGUGUACAAACAUGUCGUUAAAAAUAGUGGAGGAUUUUAAAAGCGAACCUUAAUGAGGAUAUAAAAAUAUUAUUUAAUGAUGCUGCUCAACUUGUUGGUGUUUAUUUUGGUGCUCGGAAUAUCGGAGUCGACACUAGAUCCCGCGGGAACAAAGUGCGGUGAGAAAAGAUGCUCGACUACAGAAUACUGUAGUCUUUUCGACUCUCAAUGUCUGCCGUGUUCUUCGAUUUGCGAUCCCACUACUCAUAAUCACCAUCUCGAUCUCUGUGUCAAAGAUUGUCAAGAGUACCUGCACGACCAGAGAUACGUACUACGUGCAGACCUAGGACGAGAUGAGAACUUAAGAGACGAUGUACAAAAACUUGGAUCACUCGUUAAAAUUUCAUUGGCCCUUACUUUGAUAACAAUACUAGCAAUUAUUAUUUUUCUGGUAAGAACAGUUGUUAAGUUUAAAAAAAUACGAUCUGCGGUUGAAAAAAUAUUUGGAAAAAAGUGGGCCAAGAAUUCCAAUAAAAACAAAAUAAGAGACGAUAUAGAAAAUGUUACGGUAGUUAAACCCGUCCAAUCUAAUGUCGUAAUUUCGACGUUGCCGACAAUAAGUGCUGCAGUUUCCUCAGCAUCUUCAAACUCACAAGACUCAAAUAGCAUCAGCAAUAAUGAUUCAAAUGGAUCUUCUACUCCAAAUACAACUAGUACAUCAGUGUCCACUAAAUUUGCAAGUGAAGAUUCAACUUUAGAGUACGCGUACGAUAAUCCCGCGAUGACGCCGAGUCCCGAAACUCCGACCGAUAAAUUAAAGUCGAAACGUGAAAGCUCAUUUUGAAUUUUUUAAAAAUUUCAAACUUUUUUUACAAACAUUCCACUUUUAAUGAUAAAAUUAUACGAUUUUAAAUGGUGAUAAUUUUUUUAAAAAUAUUUGUUAAAAUUUUAUAAACUUUUAAUCGUCGGUUAUUUUUAAAAAGUGUAAAAUUUUUUUUAUACCCGUUUUUUAAAAAAACCUGGGUCUUGUUGAUUUUUUUUAAAAUUUUUAAAUUAAGUAUUGAAGAUAAUUGAUAACAAGAUUUAUUAAUUAAUCAAAUUAAUUAAUAAUUAAUAAUUAACUAAUUAAUAAUUAGUGUAUCAUACACUCGUAAACCAUGCGGCUGUGUGACUUAAACCGUAUUUAAUAUUUAUAUUUCAACGUUGAAUUUAAAUUCCACAUUAAUGUUGAAAUUAAUUUUAAUUAGCAUUUAAAAAAUCUUAUUUAUAAUUAGAUGAUACUUACUGAUAUUAAGUAUGAAUCUCUAUAUAUAUUUAUAUGAAAGCGUAGCUACUAAGUAAUUAAAUAUAUAUAUAUAUCGUAUGUUUAUUUGUUUAGACAUAUAUACAUAUAUAUAAGCGCCUUAUCAGCAAUUCCGUCCAUGAAAGGCCUUAUGAGCAAGUGCAUUGCGAUAAAAGCGUGCAUUGCAUAGGUCGGUCACGUUUCAAAAUGUAUGUACGCUGUUGCUAAAAAAUAUAUAUUUUAUACCUUAGCUCUAUCUAAAACAAAUGAAUUUCAAUUACCGAUACGUGCUCAAUAAAAUUAAAAAAGAAAUUUACCGAAGCUCAGUUUGAAAAGAAGCUCAAAAUUUUAAAUCAUCUGCUCAAUAAUAUGAGAAAAUAUAUGAGAAUAUAGAAAUUUUUAAAUAUAAAAUUGCUCAAAAUUUUUAAAAAUAUUUUUUCGCGCGUCUUCUGCAUUUUGUGACGUCGACUGACCUUAGAUUAAUUAUAAGAGUAAGUAAUUAAUUAAUUAAUUAAAAUGCAUACCGUGUAUUUAAAUAAGUAAUUAUAUUAUAAUUGUACAAACUUUUGGACUCGUUACGAGUAUCCAGUCUUCCAGAAUUCAGGAUAUUAAAAUAUUCGCCCUUAGGCAGCUAUUAAUUACAA